AUGUCUCAACAGCCACCAUGUUCGAUUUUGUCAGCGGCUAUCAUCCUUCCCGCGAUCAAGUCGGUGAAACAGCAGAAAGCACUGAAUUACUAUGGGUCCGUUCAGUCUUCCAUCACCAUAGAGGCGUCCAAGUUUCUGGCCUCUGUCACUGACAUCGUGGAGACUGAGGCGGUGUCGACAAUUGAGUCUUUCUUACUCGCGACACAAAACGAUUGUGUUGGAGAUGCGGAUCAGAAAAACGCGUGCUGGCUCACAAUCCGCGCCACCGCGCCAUCCGAUGCAUUCGAAGUCCCGAGAUGGCACCAGGAUGGCCGGAUGUUUCCGUGCGACGAAGGACGCGAAGACAUUACGCGGAGCAAAUACGCACUCACGAUGCUUGGGCCAACUACAUUGAUGCUACACCCGGACACGCAGAUAUUCAGAACGUUCCAUGAAGGAGAAUUCAAGCACUAUUGGUGGCUUCAAACGAGUAACAAUCAUGAGCCCACCGAGGAAGAAGAGGACCAGGCAAUCGAGGCCUUGCGGUAUUGGCUGUAUGAAGAACUUGAAGAAGCACCUCAAUUGCAAGUCAAGGAUGGUGAGGUUGUUCGGUUUAGCUGGGGCCGUAAAGAGAGCCCCAUCCAUUCCGAGCCAGACCUCAUCUCUGACAGAGUCUUCAUGACGGUGCUUUAUGGCAGCGAGACUGAAUUGCGAGGGAUGUGCGAGUGGAGGAAUGCCAUGUAUGGCGAAUUUGACUGGGAGUGA